AUGCACAGAUUGUAUGUGAAUGUGCUGAUCUUGGCGCUGGCUCUGGCCACCUUUUCCGAAGCUUCUUGGAAGCCCCACUCCCAGCUGCAGGAUACACCCUCAGAUCCAAGUGUCAAUCGGGGCCUGGAGCCGCGUUGGCUAGAGCAGCUGGGUCCAGCCUCUCACCACCGAAGACAGCUGGGACUUCAGGGUCCCCCACACCUGGUGGCAGACCUGUCCAAGAAGCAGGGGCCAUGGCUGAAAGAAGAAGAAGAAUCAUAUGGAUGGAUGGACUUCGGCCGCCGCAGCGCUGAGGAAGGAGACCAACGUCCCUAG